AUGACCGUUACAUAUGAUACACCCACCCGGGGGUCACAUACCUCCAUGGCAACCCUCGAGGACCGCUUCGAAGUUAUCAAGGAGAUUGGUGAUGGAAGCUUCGGUAGUGUUGCCGUCGCACGCGUACGGACCGCCGGUGCUCAUAUCGCUCGCAGAGGCACUAUGGUUGCGAUCAAAACGAUGAAGAAGACCUUUGAUUCCUUAGGUCCAUUCCCUGCCCUCGACAUCUUUCUCGACCCCCUCUCCCGAAAGCUUCACAUCUGCAUGGAAUACAUGGAUGGCAACUUAUAUCAGUUGAUGAAGGCCCGUGACCACAAAUACUUCGAAGGCAAACACGUCAAGAGUAUCCUUUACCAGAUCUUGUCCGGCCUGGACCACAUCCACGCACACCACUUCUUCCACCGCGAUAUUAAGCCCGAAAACAUUCUCGUCUCAACCUCCGCCCCCAAUGAUUCCGCUUUCAGCCGCUACUCUAACCUUGUUACCCCUCCCUCCACCCCUCCUGUCUACACUGUGAAGAUCGCCGACUUUGGCCUUGCGCGUGAAACCCACUCCAAACAACCAUACACCACAUAUGUCUCCACGCGCUGGUACCGCGCACCUGAAGUGCUUCUCCGAGCAGGGAUUGAGAUUGCCACGUUAAAGCCCCUAUUCCCAGGAGGUAACGAGGUAGAUCAAGUUUGGCGUGUUUGUGAGAUCAUGGGUAGCCCAGGGAACUGGUACAGCAAGUCGGGCGCCAAGAUCGGUGGUGGUGAAUGGCGUGAGGGAUCACGCCUGGCUCACAAGCUCGGUUUCACAUUCCCAAAGAUGGCACCACACGCGAUGGAAUCCGUGCUUCAGCCCCCGAUGUGGCCCGCGGCAUUUAGCGAGUUUGUCACAUGGUGUCUCAUGUGGGACCCUAAGAACCGCCCAACGUCUACACAGGCGCUUAACCAUGAGUACUUCGCCGAUGCGGUUGAUCCGGUGCGGCCCAAGUCCUCUACUUCGUCGAGACUGCUGGGUCGCAAGCAGUCCGAGAAGAGCUUCAGGUCACCAAAUCUUACCCCGGGUGACUCACCUACAUUGUCUUCUAAGCCUUCGUGGUUCCGGAGAUCAUUGAUUGUUCGGUCGGACAGCCCUGUACCUGCUGCAGAGGAUAGCCCCGCCCGGCCGUCAGCUGUUACUCAAGUCACUGUGCCCGAGAUCCAGCCUAUCAAGCCGCGGCCCGCGCAACCUAAGCGGGCUACCUGGGCAAACGGUGCACCAAUGCCAAUCCUUCCUUCUAUCCGCCCUGUCUCCCCUCUCUCCAACUCCGUUACAGCCCAGGCGAACGCCACUUUGGCACACAGCGAGGCUUCCAAGUCCUCCGACACAUCAGCUAGCUCAAAGAUCGGUCGUCAGUUAUCCCUCAACUCCCAUGGGAAUCACUACUCGGACCAGAAUCGCCAAGAGGCUGAAAGGAUGCUCAACGGUUCCGGGACCAACACUCCAACCACGAAGGAGAGUUUCUUCUCUCAUCUGCGCAAGCGCGCCCGCAGAUUGUCUGGACAAAACCAAGCAGCCCCAGCUGAUGACGUCGAGGCUAACGCAGGUUGCAUCCCUUGGUCGAACCGUUCAUCCGUGGCUCUGGACGGGCCAACUAGUGAACCAAAGCAAGGUUCUGACUUGACCGAGCUGGACAAGGCUCUUCAAUCUGUCAAGUACUCAUUGGACUCGUCCACACUGAGCAACGUCCCGGUGCACUUGAACAAUUCUGCUGACAGCCAAACCAAGCGUCAGUCAAUGCCCCAGGUCACCAGCAACAACGCUGCUCCUAUCUCUAGCAGGACUCGCCGUGCUAUGCAGAUGUCUACCCACCCGGUUCACCGGUACGAGACUCCUGAAGAGGAAGAUGAGCUGCUUGAUGAGGUUUUGCACUCUGCCAGCAAGGCAGCUAGACGCUUAGCUCAAACUCAGUCAAUGGCUGCCGACUCGCACAGUGGUGCUCGCAACUCGCGUGUACUGCAGAACCCGUAUCCUACACCGUCACCCACGGCCAAGGACAGUGCUACGUUUGGUCAACAAUCGACACCUAGUAGGUUGAACAUUCACAAGAUUGAUCCGGCGGCCCCAAACCGCCACUGGCCCACCCCCCUUACGAGGAGGCCGAGUAUCACAACAAGAAAUCCGACUACUUCUCUCGUGGGUCUAACUAUAUCUAAGUGCCCCAACCCCCCACCUUGA